UGAACCUUGUUUUCAGGGCAGGAGAAACUGGACAUGAGGAAAAACACCAUGAGGCUUCUCUGUACUUCACUUUCUCUUACCAUGAUUUGCUGGCUAGCUGAAGGUACCCUGUCAAAAACUGAUACAAAGAAAAGUGCUACAAAAAAGCCUGAAGAAAAGAUGCUGCAUUCUGAUAAAAAUGUGCAGGACAGGGGACUGGUAGUUGUGGAUCCAAAGGCAAAGGAUAUUAUACUGGAACACAGAAGUUAUUGCUCUAAGAAGAUGAAGGAAAGACAUUUCUCGGGAAAUGUUCUGGGAUAUAUUACUCCUUGGAACAGCCAUGGCUAUGACAUUGCUAAAAUAUUUGGAAACAAAUUUACACUAAUCUCACCAGUCUGGUUACAAGUGAAAAGGAGAGGGAAGGAAAGGUUCCAGUUCACUGGGCUCCAUGAUGCUGAUAAAGGCUGGAUGAAAGAUGUCAGAAAAACCUCCAAAACCAUCAAAAUAGUGCCUCGAAUUUUGUUUGAUGGCUGGACUUACCAGGACUUCGAGAGUGUUUUUGGCAGUGAGGAUGAGAUAGAGGAGCUCUCCAAGAACAUGGUUCAGCUAGCCAAGAAUGAAAAUUUUGAUGGUUUUGUAGUUGAAGUUUGGAGUCAGCUGGGAAAUCAAAAGCAAACGGAGUUGAUUCAUUUGCUCAUUCACCUUUCGGAAGCUCUGCAUGAAGCACAACUUAAACUCAUACUGGUCAUCCCUCCUGCAGUUGCAGCGGGGACUAACCAGCCAGGAAUGUUCACAAAAAAAGAAUUUGAUCAGUUGGCCUCAGCAAUAGACGGCUUCAGUCUCAUGACAUAUGACUAUUCAACACCACAACGACCUGGUCCGAAUUCACCUCUUCCCUGGGUACAAGCCUGUGUUCAAAUACUGGAUCCUGAUUCAAAAUGGAGGAAUAAAAUACUUCUAGGACUGAAUUUCUAUGGCAUGGACUAUUCUGCUUUGGGAGCCUCUGGGGAGCCAAUCCUUGGUAGCAGGUACAUUGAAACCUUGAAGGAGCACAAACCAAAAAUUGUCUGGGAUGAAAAAAUUGCUGAACACUACUUUGAAUACAAAAAAAAUAAAGGAGGAAAACAUGCCGUCUUCUACCCAACACUGAAGUCCAUCCAGUUGCGCUUAGAGCUUGCAAAAGAAUUGGGCACUGGAAUAUCCAUCUGGGAACUGGGACAAGGCCUGGACUAUUUUUAUGACCUGCUUUAAAAUAAGAGGUGAUCUGGGAAAGACUUUAUUUGCUUCACUGAGACUCCAUGUUCGAUUAAUUUGGGUAUCCUGGAGAGGUGAUUUUUAAAAUGUUUUUUUUGUAAUUUAUAUCAUAUCUGUAUUAAAAUGGCAUUUUUCCCAAUAAAGAACCUUUUCUAAUUUGCCACACAGACGUGAUUGUUGGUAUCUGAUAAAAUUCUGAGGAAAAAAAACCAACAGAAAUUUCUUUUAAAGCUCCUGAAUUCAGAGUCAUUGAAAAUACACCAACAUAGCAUGGGACGGCAUCAGAGUUGAAAAUAUUUUCUGAAAUGUUUUCCACAAGAAAUAAAAUGGACAAGAUGAUGCCAUCUGGUCAAAGUUUAAGAUGGAGACCUCUCAAAUAAUUGCUGGUAAUAACCAAAAUAAGUGAACAAAUAAAUCCAUCAGAUUAUGUCCAGCAAAUUUAAUAUCUGCUGGACCCUCUGCAUCUUGCUGUCUUCUGAUAAGGUAAGUCAAUGUAAAAUGUCAGGGGGGAGACCAGUUAGAUAUCUUUCCCUCAAGCUGGUAGAAAAUCAAGCACUGACAAGCUAAGCUGUUAGCUCUGUUUUUUCAUGUUAGUAAAUUCCUUAAGCAGUUUAGAGUCACAGUCAUUUCAAUUUGUGACUUGUUUCUAAAUUGCUUUUGUUACAAGAGAUGCUCUGUGAUUUCUCUUUUGUGCUUAGCCUGCUUAGUGUCUCAGUUUACAGUAUUUAGCACUAGUGCAUGAUGCAGUAGUAGUUAAUUUGUGAGAGGUUAAUUUUAGCAUCAGAGGCUAUAAUGGUAAUGAUGGAUUACAUGGAUAGCCCCAGAGAAGCUCUGACAACCCCUUGACUUUAGGUGCUGUGAAUGUGAUCAGCAUCUUUGUGCAUGAAGCUGUCAUUCUUCAGCUGUACACAUGGUGCUUUCAUCUCCAUAAUACAGAAGUUUUAUGAACCCAAAAGCUGUAAAAACCCAUCAGUGUAAAAACAAAGCCAAAAAAUUGUGUCCCUGCUGUUUGGUUUACGAUAUUUGUGUUUGUAGAAAUACACAGGCUUCAAGGCUGUUUCUUCUAAGGAACUAAGAGGUGCUGGGAAUUUGAUGAGGGUGUCAUUGGUCACCAGCAGAGACUCAGGCAAUAGCUCUGUACUCUCACUGGUGUUCUUGCCACUUACAGUUGUCACCAAGAUAACUGCACUCCUCUGUUUCCAUCCACCCUUCCCAGUAAUUAAUCUCAGUGGGGAAUUUAUCUGCCCCUGCUGUUUUCAGCAGAAUAAAUCCCACUGUAAUCCACCAUUGAUUAAAGAACUAUUGAUCUUCACCUCUCUGAUUUAGUUCUGGCAUCUUUUGACUUCUCACAUUGCAAGUAUCCAGCAGGGUUUACUAAUCAGGCUUCUUUCUUCCACACCAUUAGUAGUAAGAUAAUUUGCUACGUGAAUCCUUGUGUUCAAUUAACUUUAACUUUCUAGUUCGUUCAAAAGCAAUUUAAAGUCACUCUGGCAAUGGUAUCUAGAAUAGCACAAGAAUGAAAUUCUAUUACUCUGUUUUUUUCUACUUUCAGUGGCAUUGCUGAACCAGAAUGUCUCACAAAAAAAAAAAGUCUAUAAGAAAUGGAAGGCGUUGCGAUCUGAAAUGGCAUCCAUUUUUAUAUUAGCUAGUAGGUAGCUUUCAAAACUGGGUGUGGGAAAGAAAUGAAUAUUUCAUUUUAACUUCUUGUUUUCUCUCUAGAAAAGAUACAUGUAAUUUAUCACGUUUUUCAUGUAUUUUUUUUAUAUUCUGUGAUGAUCCUCUGUGAAGUUCAAGAUUCCUGUUUGUCUGUGAGUACAGCUAUCUUAGAAAAAAGUGUCUGUUGCAUCCUUAGAGAUAGAAUGAGUACUUCUGUGUGUCAAGAAGAUCAAACUAGCCCUUGCUCUAUCAUGAAAAACAAAUACCAGAUGUGAUAAAAAAUAAAUACCAGAUACAUUGUGAUUUUGAUCCAUCCACGGUAUAUAGGUGUUUUGAGGCCAAGUGUGUUGUCUUUUGGUUCUAAAGACAAAACAUGUUUGUUGCUUUGGAAAUACUUCCAAAAGACACAAAAUUGGCAUAAUUCCUUAUUGUGAAGUUCUCCAUUUAAAAAAAAAAAAAGCAAGCACCAGAAGGCAUGUGAGCUCCAGGAUGAAGGAAGGAAGAUUGGCUUCUGAUGGACUGGUCUUGUGUUCACUUAAUUUUUCAGUGUGUGGGAAUAUCAGGCUGUCUUUUCGUAGGUAUCAGUGAAUCCACAAAGCAGCGUGACAUCAGCGAGCCACUGUGAAAACAGGUUUCUUUUGAAAUUUGCACCUCACUGCAUGUAUGAAAAAAUGAUACAGGAGAGAGAUGCUGGUAUGAAAGCGGGUUCUGCAGAGCAUGUGUUUUUAUGACUUUCCCUCAACAAGUGGGGAAAACUGAGUGAAGGGCAGAAGGCGGGUGGGAGUGCUGGAGCGGCACUGCUGUAACAACCAUGCCAGACGACUUUCAUUCCCUCAUUUCAAAAACAACAGAAAGCACUGUUUUACAAUGCAAAGAAACAUUUUUUUCUGUAACGCAAAAAAAAAAAAGUAUGUGUGUUUGUUCUUCAACAGAAGCAAGUACUCCUUAAAUGAACGUACUUCUAGGGGAAGGCCAAAGAGAUUGGACUUAAAUAAUCAAGGGUAUGACUGGGGAAAAUAUCCAGUGUUCCUAUUAGAACAGCUUACAUCUACUGUAGCAAGUGGUGAAAUGGAAGGGUGUUUAUUUCAACAGAAUAUCUCAUAAUUCAGUUUCGCAUUUCAUUUUGUUUUUCAUUUAAGUAAAAAGAAGCUGUGCUCUAUAAUCUAGUUCUGUUGCAAGAAAAUUUUCUGUAAAUUAGGGUAAGAUCUCAGGUGCUAUGGAUGUAAAGGUGUAUUUGAGCUACCUGAUGCCAAGUGGAGCUUUCUUCCAAGUGACCUUUGCUCUUAUGUUUCUCCAUGUUUUACUUUUUUGGUUAGACUCAUGCAGGGUUAAGAUAAAUACAUUUUUCUGGACAAUUUUUAUUGCAUUCAUUGAGAAAAAGAAAUAGCAGCUGAUUGCUGUUGCAGCUGGCAUUUGAUAUGAAGUUACUAUUUUUAUCAUCGAUUAUCAUCACACACAUCAUUUUAAUAGCAAAGAGGGUUUUUGUAUCUGUAUACAACUAAAUAUCUUAUCGAGACAGAAAGGAGGACUUACCUGACUUCUUGUAGGAUCACACAGACCAUACUCCUGGGAUAACAGUCUCACAUCUUAUCUCAGGAAACAUGUCUCUUGUGGUAAAUGUAUCUGUCUUGAAAACUGGAGCUGCUGUAGUCUUUGUAAUCAGAAAUGGUUUCAACAGAGAAUUGUGGAAAGUAAAUGGUUUAGCUUGUCUCAUCGUGAUAUGCUACUUUUUCAAGAAAAAUGGCUUCAGUACCUUGUUUUAUAGUUCCUUUUUGUUAUCAUAUGUAGGUGUCAAACUCCAGAAUUAACUGUAGCUUCCAGGUAAAAAAGUUGAGAAUGAAAGGGAAGAGAUAAGGUAGACCGAAGGUUGACAGUAUGAAAAUGGCUUAUUUAACCACUUCUUAGUUAUAAAGAAUUGUUGAGCAAGUUCUAACAAUUUAGUGGUGUUUAUGGGCUUGGGCGAAAAUAUAAAAUACUUUUCCUUUUCUGCUAUGAGCUACAAGUGGUAAUUAUUUUUAAGAGUGGGGGUGGUGGUUUGUGCACACUUCUCUGUGGAGACUGCGAAGUUAAUGGAUGUUCAUAAGAACUGUAAUUACAGUCUCUUCUGAAUUUGGGAUAUGGCUUUUGAAGUUUACUGUUUUGAUUAAUACACCAUGCAGCUGUUUGACUUCAAUUAAACAAAUGGCAGCACAAAGCAGAUGGAUUCUAUCUCUGCAGGUUGAAGAGGUCGCACGUAGCUAUUUCCUGCAAAUCCCAUUCCCUCAGUGAUCUCUUUUUUAGUAAGUGCAAAUUAACUAAACCUGAAUCAGUGUUUUGUAGUCUACCAGGCAAUCACUUUGAUAUUGUGUGUUGGGGAAAAAUGUAUCUUCUCUUUAGGAAAAAAAAAAUCUUUAAUAGGAAAACUAACUGGAAUAUAAUUUGGUUAACACUGCUUAUUCAAAAAGUUGCAAAAAUAAAUAACAUUACUUAUCUUGUUAACAUUUGAGACUAAAAGCUGAAAAAUGCCUUUAAACGUAUGCUAUUGGAAUGAAAACAUUAGAACAAAAUGUUAUUUUGCAAAAAAAUUUGGAUGCAUGGAAUCUAAGACUCAAAAUUGUAAACAACUAGGCAUUUUACAUUCCUACUUACAUCGGUUACCUUUUCUGGAUAUGUUUUAAUGUUUAUUUGGUUACAAUGUAUUGUAAAAAAAUAUUUUAGAAAAAAUACCGUAGAAAAACCUGUAUGGUAUUUUCAUAGAAACAAAAAAAAUGUUUCUUAUAAGCUCUUAUUUAAUUAAGCUCUUACUCUGACUUCUGACAUGUUAUAACUAAUUCUCCACUCAACUGCUGAGAGCACAGCAGAGGGACACUUUUGAGUUGCCUUCCUGUGGCACAUAGAUUAUCGUAUUUUGAUCCAUCUAUUGUGUGGAGUUUAAAUAAAGUAAAAUUUAGCAAUUGUCUAGUGUGGAAAGGCAAAACAAACUAAAAAGCUGCCCCCCUGCGUAUGACUUCUCAGCAGACUGCCUAGGUGGGAGUAGAACUUAACCACAGGGCAUUACCUUGCCCACCUGUUUUUUCAAAGUGUAAUGAAACUCAGGUGGAAACGUUCAGUGUAGAUGAGCAGCAUAUUGACUUUCUAGAGAUUUCCUAACUCCUCAUUUCACUUACCAGAAGCCAAUAAUCAUAACAGACAUACACGUGGUGGUAGAAGGGUAUAGAGCCUCCAAUUUCGAGAUUGUAUGCCAUGUGUUUUUUGCACAAGUGACUUGCUGUAAGGCUUGCGGGAUCAUUGCAUUUUUCUGCAAAUCCAGGUACGGUUUCUUGGAGCGGGGCUAUCUAAUGUUCCAGCUCUGUCAUCUUUUGCCGUGAAGUUCCUGCUAUGUGCAUAGCUGCAGCAGGGAUUGUCUGGGUGAUAAACCUCACCUUCUUCAAAGGUCAGUGCGCAUGGAAUAGAAGUCAGAAGAUUGUAUGGUGUUGCAUCAGUUUCCUUCAGUAUGUAAAGUUUGUACAUUAUGGUUACUUCUGCUGCUCAUCCUACUCAAAAAGGUAAGAUUGAAUUUUGUUUUCCUUUGUUUAUUGCAUAUGUUUGCAAGUGUUAAAGCAGCUCAAAAAGCCCAUACAGACACCACCAAUUUUCACUGAACAUUACUUUUCUUCCUUAUGAUCUGCAUUUAGGAAUGGUCUAGGUAGGUCUUUUGGUACAUCUCAGCGAGUUUGUUUCUGGUGCACCACUGGAGGGCAUAUAUUCCGGUAUAUGCUCUCGUGCUUGCAAUUGUGGAGGGUGGGACCGUGACUAAAAAUAGCCAGGAGGCAGUUAGUGCACAGGGUAGGAAGUCGUUUAGGACUGUGUGUAUCUGUUUUCACCCCAUCUUUAAUGUUUCUUCCCUGAUUUUUCAGGUGAACUCCUGUGGGGCAGAAAAGUUAAGUUGCUAUAAAUUAUUUGACUAUUAUUUCAGUUUUUGCAACCUUUUUGUGUUUUCCUUUGCUUCUUUUGGUGGCUGACAAAACAAAUGCUGUGAGUGGACACGCUUGUAUAUCAUGGUAGAUGAAGACCCAGCAGUAGCUGCGUCAGCAUUCAUGUGCUAUGGAAGUUAGGGAAAAGAUGCCUGGGCAUGUUGUGUGACCACAUUGAGAGAGAGGAGAGAGUAAUUUAUGUCAUUUGCAAAGCUGGCUCCCUGGUCCCUGUAGUUACUACAGUGAUACUGUGGUAGGGUGGCAAAGCUCAGCUCUGCUCAUAGCAGCUACCUCUGGACUGAUUUCCCCCUUGCAUGUAAGUGCUGUUUCAGUUGCUGUGUAUAAAACAAGUGGUAGGGUUAUUUUUGCUAUGCUAUUUUAUGUGCUUAUGUGAAAAACCUCUGGGAUAAUAAUCUUUUUCAUUUUGCUCUCAUUAAACCAACUGAUAAAUCUGGCAAAGUGAAAGCCAAAGUGCCUUUGUUUUGUACUAGAGCUGGAGCUAGUGGUGAAUCAGGUGGAGGGGUCUGGAAUAAUUAAUGCAGAACAGUUCUGCUAAUGCAAGCAGAGAAAUAGUUUCUUCAUAAAUGGCAAGCAGCCCUCUUUGAAAGUAAAUUGUCUCGUGUGUUGCAAUUGUAAAUACAACUUAAAAUCGGUUAUUUUUUUAUUUUGAAGUCCGGGUAGCUUGCUGGUAUCAUUAGCUGGAAUUAACAUUAGAAAGUGCUUUAUUCAAUGAUGCCUUUAGAAUCACAGCACUAAAUGGUUGUCUGUUGUAUCAGGGCUUUGCAUGCUGCUUCUGCUUUUUAACUCAGAACUUUCUAUUAAAAUUAAAUUGCUUUUGCUGUUAACUUGGAAUUGAUUUAGAUGGACUUUGUGUCAAACAGUGGGCCAGGAUUCUAAAUUCCAUCUAAUUCCUUCUUUCUUCAUUCACAUCAACCCUGAAAUUGUGGUUGACGUGAGGAUGCAAUUGAGUGCAGGAGAUUGGCUGAGCUCAUGUCUUGAAAGCCUGGUUUAGAAGUUUAUUGACUAUUUUAAAAGCACUGAGGGUUAAAUUAUACUUUAGUAUUUGCUUUUAGGAUUUGGGAUUACUACUUUUGACACAAGAGGGAAUGGGCAGUAAGUUUUAAGAGUUUGGGGGUUUGCUGAACCAGAUUUUUCAGUUGUUUUAAUAAGAGAGUUAAAUAUAUAAAGUGGCAGGGGGAAUAUUCAUCAUACCCAGAAUGAAGACUUUCCUAUUCUUUCCAAUAUAGAGUGCUUAAACAUUUGGCAUGAGCAAGGUCCCAGAUUUGUGUUCUCCCCUUGGCAGCAGCUAUUGAGCUUAUCUGCCUGCAUCUCUUAAGGUGGUGGGGCAGGGCAGGAAAGGAAAACAGGGUGCUUGUGGCUGCUUGAGGGAGAUGGGGGGAGGAAUGGGGUGAAGCAACUGCUUUUGGAAAAAAAAUGCACUUUCUCCUUUUAUCCCUCUUGUAGGAGCAGCAGAGAGCUAGACUUAGCAAAACAAAGCCCAAACCUCUGUGUUCCCAAGAUUGUCCCUGUGCAUUUUUGAGCCUUGUCUGCAUUGGAGCCAAGGGGUAUGAAAGAUUUUGGCAGAGUCAGUACUGUAUUCUUGGCAUAUAUAUUCGUAAAAACUAAGGUUACUGUUCUGAUGGCUUCUCCCAGUGCUUUUUGGCAGAGAAUUAAGUUAUUGAGUGAAUUUUGUAGAUGACAACAUGAAUAUUGUAAAUACUCAUAGCCUUCCAGAUAUGCGUAUUGGCAUGUAAUUUGAAUUUCAAGUGUGUGCACUAUUACACUUUUUUAUCAGGUACAUGAGAAGCCUUUUCCCUCUCCCUCUCAGGAGUCCUUGGUUGUUAGGGAUAACUGCAUUGAAAAAACAGGUAGGCUUCCAGAGGAGGAGUUAGAGGACAGUGUUCCAGAGAGCACACAGCCUUAAAAAGACCUGGCAGACAAAGGAUGAAGGAGAAACAAAAGAAAAAAUUACUUUUCCAGUGUCAAGUAGUAAGUCUGUCACAAAGUCAAACAGCAGCCAAGGUUUCUGACUCUCCCAUCACCAGCUGGCUAGACCCUGCUGCUCAGUCAUCAGAAACCAGAACAGGCCAGAGCAAAGCAGGGUCCCGUCCUCACUUACACCGUGAGGGUCUUCUCAAAUGCGCUGCAGAACAAUCUAUUGACAACAGGUUGGGGUUGUGUGCGUGCCGAAGUGAACAGAGCAUGCUGCUGUGCUGAGUGAUACCGUGAGGAGUGAUGAGGCCCUCCCCUCUCCACCACGGAGUAAGGGAAAAUGGCUUUCCUUGUAGAUAUGGAGACAAGUAACUCGACAAAGAAUAAAUGGAAAUAGUAAUUUGCAUAGCAUGCAGUCAGGUGGAGGAAUUAACUACUGCAGUACGCCAGAAAGGCACAGACAGUAGCUGGAUCUUUAAAAGGCCUGAAUAUUUUCCUAGUAAUGAAAUCACUGAUUAUACACUUUAAAGGGAGAAUAAUG